ACAAACGUUUGCAUGCCGUUUUGUGAAUAUUGUAAAUAUAGUCAUGGCUACUCUUGACAUGGAUCAGGAGACAGCUCAGGUUCUUUUCCAUGAAGGGGCAACACUGGUGUGUUUGGAUGUUCCAGAGGGGACAGAAUUUGGAAUUGAUUACUCCUCUUGGACAGUGGGAGAAAAGUUCAAGGGGGUUAAAAUGAUCCCACCAGGAAUCCACUUUGUUUACUGCAGUGCUAGAGACAGACAGACAGGAGAAGUAUGUCCAAGAAGUGGUUCUUUCAUCAACUUCCAACAGAAAGGAGUCAUUGUUAGAAAAUGGGAUGGAAUCAAAGAUGAUUUGACAGAGGACAAUGUCAGUGCUGUUGAUGUUCAACGCAUUCAGGACAAUCUGAAAGAACUAGACAGAUUUUUAGGCCCUUACCCUUAUGACAAGUUCAAGAAAUGGGUGUCUCUCAGCAACUUUAUCACUCCAGAGUUGGUGGACAAGUUACAGCCUCUCAGUAAAACAAUAUCUUCUGUCACUGACUUUGUGUCUGAGGUAAGCAACACUCAGACCCGAAGAUCCCAGAGCACAUCUUCUCAAGCCAAGAAAGCCAAGCUUUUAAUUGAUAAAACUGAGUCUAUGGAAGAUGACACUCAAGGGAAUCAGGAAGAAAAUGCAGAACCAGCCUCUCUGAAAGAAGCAGAGUCCAAGUUACCAGAUAUGAAAGUGCGAGAAGAAAGCAAAAUCAGAUUUAGUCCCAUACCAAAGCUGAAAUAUCCCCCAGGCAGCUCUCCUGCUGAAAUGACAAAAUACAGUAUGGACUCAAGUUAUGUCUUGGAAAGCAUACUAAGUUCAUGUUACCAUGACAGUGAAAUGGGAAUUCUUGGAGAAAUUCAGUUUGCCUUUAUAUGCUUUCUGAUUGGUCAGGUUUUAGAUGCCUUUGAACAAUGGAAGAAUCUUGUUCAUGUAAUGUGCUCCAGUGAGGAAUCACUGGCAAAACACUCUGCAUUAUUUUCAAACUUUAUUGGUGUUCUUCAUUUUCACAUCCAAGAGACACCAGAAGACUUCUUUGUUGAUAUUUUAUCAGAAAAUAAUUUCCUUACAUCCACUUUACAAGUGUUCUUUUCCAAUUUAGAAAACAUUUCAAAUGAUAGUGGACUUAGGAAAAAAGGACUAAAGUUUCGGGACUACUUGACACAAAAAUUCAAAUGGGACUUUACUUCGGAGCCUGAUGAAUAUGCACCAACUAUUGUACAAUUAGAGUAAAUAGGUAUAACAAGA